CGUGGCGUCAUCAGGCGGCGCGGCCCAAGCCCUGCGCCUGUAGCGGCUCGCGCAGGUGACCCGGCUUUAGGAGCGACCGCUGGCAGCAUGAGUGGCUGCCGGCCCUUCUUGCGCAGGGUUGCGGUGGCGCGAAGCUGGCAGUCUCUGGUGGUGCCCAGAGUAAACCUGCGUUCGCUGCGCACGGGUCCGCCGCGGCGAGCGUUUGCCAAGGAGCUGUUCCUGGGCAAAAUCGAGAAGCGAAAGCAGCCAGUGGACUCCAGAAAAAUUGACCGGGAGGGGAAAAUCCCAGAUGGUACUUUGGAGAAGCUGAAGAGCCUGGGGCUUUUUGGGAUGCAGGUCCCAGAAGAAUAUGGUGGGCUGGGCCUCUCCAACACCAUGAGCACUCGGCUAGGGGAGAUCCUUUGCCUGGAUGGGUCCAUCGCUGUGACCCUGGCGGCGCACCAGGCGUUGGGCCUCAAGGGGAUCAUCUCGGUCGGCACGGAGGAGCAGAAGGCCAAAUACCUGCCUAGGCUGGCCUCUGGGGAGCAUGUCGCAGCCUUCUGUCUCACAGAGCCAGCCAGCAGGAACAAUACUGGCUCCAUCCACACCAGAGCCACACUGAGUGAAGACAAGACCCACUAUGUCCUCAAUGGCUCCAAGGUCUGGAUCACCAAUGGUGGGCUGGCUGAGAUUUUCACCGUGUUUGCAAAGACCGAGGUUGUUGAUUCCGAUGGCUCUAUAAAGGACAGAAUCACAGCGUUUAUAGUAGAAAGAGACUUUGGUGGAGUUACUAACGGGAAGCCAGAAGAUAAGUUAGGCCUUCGAGGCUCCAACAUUUGUGAAGUCCAUUUUGAAAACACCAGGGUGCCUGUUGUAAAUGUCCUUGGAGAAGUUGGAGGUGGUUUUAAGGUGGCUGUGGACAUCCUCAACAGUGGGCGGUUCAGCCUGGGCAGCAUCAUGUCUGGAAUGCUCAGGAAACUGAUUGGUCUGACUGCUGAGUAUGCCUGUGAGAGGAAGCAGUUCAACAGAAAGCUCAGUGAAUUUGGGUUAAUUCAGGAGAAGUUUGCGCUGAUGGCUCAGAAGGUGUAUGCAAUGGAGAGCAUGUCCUACCUCACUGCAGGGAUGCUGGAUCACCCAGAGUGUCCUGACUGCUCCAUUGAAACAGCCGUGGUGAAGGUAUUUAGUUCUGAGAGCGCCUGGCACUGUGUGAGUGAGGCACUGCAGAUCCUGGGGGGCGCAGGUUACAUGAGGGACCAUCCCCAUGAGCGCAUGCUGCGUGAUUCCCGUGCGCUGCUCCUCCUGGAGGGGACUAAUGAGAUCCUCCGAAUGUUCAUUGCCCUCACAGGCCUGCAGUAUGCCGGACUUAUCCUGACCCCAAGGAUCAAGGAGCUUAAAGGUGGCAGUAUGGCUGUAAUCAUAAAGACCCUCAGUCAGAGAUUGUGGGACACUCUGGGCCGAACUGUGGACUUGGGGCUGAUGGGCAGUUCUGGAGCUGUGCACCCUAGACUGGGGGACAGUGUCACCAAGCUUGAAGAGAAUGUGUAUUACUUUGGCCGGACUGUGGAGGCACUGCUGCUGCGCUUUGGAAAGACCAUUAUAGAGGAGCAACUGGUGAUGAAACGGGUGGCCAAUGUCCUCAUCAACCUGUAUGGCAUGGCGGCUGUGCUGUCCCGGGCCAGCCGCUCCAUCUUCAUUGGACUCCAGGACCAUGACCAUGAGGUUCUGUUGGCCAGCACGUUCUGCGCAGAAGCUUAUUUCCAGAAUCUCUUCACCCUGCAGCAGCUGGACAAGUAUGAUCCUGGAAACCUUGAUGAGCAGGUUAAGAAAGUGUCGAAGCGCAUUCUUGAGAAGCGGACCUACGUCUGUACCCACCCCCUGGCCAGGACAACCUGACACCGGGCCAGCCCUGGGCCUUGAGGCACCAACCUCAUCCAAUAGCCUCUGCUGAACUGCUGUCCUGUGGGUGCCUGGGGGCCUGCUGCUGCCUGGUUUCCCCCAUGGCUGCGCAUUAGUCAUGGCUUCUUGCAGACACUGAGGGGAUGAAAGUGCUGGUGCCUGACGUCAGGUGGCUGUACUAACUUCUGGUCUCCACAGGGCUCAACUGCCACCUCUGGGGAGGAACUUGCAGGGCUCUGUGUAAGGCAUGGGCAGCCAUCUCCACCAGAUCGUAUGUUGAAGAAACUGUGAAAGCUGCACCUACCUUGAAACUUCAGCCCGUGUCAACAUUAUUAACAGGAAAAUGUAAAGUGGCACAAUUUGUCCACUCUUCUAGCCUUGCCGCACUAGUCACAGUGUCCUCAGAACUAGUCUUUAACUGCUGGGCCUGGUGGUGCACACCUGUGGGAGGCAAAAGCAGGAGGCUCAUGAGUUCAAGCCCAGCCCGGGGAACUUAGCACAUGCCCAGUCUGAAAGUAGGAAGGGACUGGAGGUGUAGCUCAGUACAAGGGUAAACGUCAGUGUCUGUAGUACGCCUCAGUUCCUCUGCAUGGCUAACCCCUGUUUUAAGUCCAGGAUUUUUCUCCCUGCGUGGGCAACAUAAGAAGAACUUGCCUCAAAAAAAUUUAAAUUCAGUAGUGUCCAAAAAUAAAAUAUAUAGGUAAAUAUCUGGACAUAAUAAAACAUAGGACAGGUACAGAUAACCUCCACAGCAUGACAGAACCCCCAGCUACCCAUUCCUUUUUUUGUGUACUUGGUACAGGGUCUUACUACGAGCAUCAGAAUCGUAGUGAUCUUCUUGUUUUCAGCCUC